CACACGGACUCAGAAGUACCAGCUGCCGUCAACCAACAUAUCACGGUUCCGUGUGGUGGAGCUCCGUGUUUGGGAGAGUUUUUUUUUUUUUUAAUUGACCUCCGCUGAAGUCUGAGGAGAGAGAGAGAGAGACGAGCUGAUCGGCAUGGCCUCCUCUGAUGAUACAGAAGGGUCUCUGACUCCUGUGGAUUUUAUCCAGCUGCAGCAUUACAUGGAAUACAGCAAUUUGAGGGUGAAAGAUGUGAUUAAGGAGUUUCACUCUGGGGGUCGGCUGGCCCAGCACAGCUUUGGAGAGUGCGUCGAUGCAGUGGGUUUCUGUCUCUUUCUCAAGACAUACCUAGAGGUGGAUGACUUUCCCGCAGAUUUCUGCCAACGCCUUUUUCGCUAUUUUCAACACGUAGAGCAGGAUGGCAACACAAAGAGCCCACUGCCCAAAGGAGGAGGCGUCUUUCUUCGUGAUGUGUCCUGUUACUUCUCUGUGCUUGAGGAAGGACAGCCACGGGAGAAGCUUGAAUUUACUUUCAAACUUUAUGACAAAGACGGCAAUGGACUCCUGGACAGCUCUGAAGUGGAUCGUAUAAUCACCCAGAUGAUGCGAGCUGCUGAUUACCUGGGCUGGGACGUGACUGAGCUCAGACCAGUGCUCAAAGACAUGAUGACAGCAAUCGAUGUGGAUGACAGUGGGACCGUGACACUGGAGGAAUGGGUGAAGGGGGGCAUGAACAAUGUGCCUUUACUUGUUCUGCUUGGACUGAAGAUGACAGAGCGGGAUGGGCAGCAUAUUUGGAGGAUGAAGCACUUUAACAAGCCGACCUACUGCAGUGUGUGUCAGAGCAUGCUGCUCGGCCUUGGGAAGCAGGGGCUCUGCUGCACCUGUUGCAAGUACACUGUCCACAGUCAGUGUGCCAACAAGAAUCCUGAAUCCUGUGCUCGUACCUUUGUCAAAUCUAAAAAGGAGAUUGGUGAAGCAGCUCACGACUGGAUCAGAGCUGACUGUAACUCUACCAAGUGUCAGGUCUGCCAUAAGAAGAUCAAAACUUUAGCAGGAAGGCACUGCGUGUGGUGCCAGGAGAUGCGUCAUGAUGACUGCAUUAUCUCCGGCUUAUCGUCCUGUGAUUGUGGACCUCUGAGAGAUCAUAUACUGCCACCGUGGGCCAUAUACGCUGUUUCAAAGGAGGAAGACACCAGCCUGUUAAAUGUUACCCCUGAUGGCCACAUCCUGCAGAUUGUUCCGAUUCCAGACACCCAUCCUCUGCUGGUGUUCGUGAACCCAAAAAGUGGAGGAAAGCAGGGUGAAAGAGUGCUCAGGAAGUUUCAGUACCUGCUGAACCCACGUCAAGUGUACAACCUGUCCAACGGAGGUCCCGCACCAGGAUUGCACUUCUUCCGCAGUCUGCGUGAAUACAGGAUCUUGGUGUGUGGAGGAGACGGCACAGUUGGGUGGCUCCUGGAUGCUAUAGACAAAGCUGACCUCCAGGUGCAUCCUCCGGUAGCUGUCCUACCUCUGGGCACUGGGAAUGACCUGGCUCGCUGUCUUCGCUGGGGAGGAGGUUACGAGGGGUCGGACUUGAGAGAGAUCCUGAAGGAGAUCGAAGCCAGCGAGUUGGUUCCCAUGGACCGCUGGAGCAUCCAGGUGAUACCAGAUGACCCUCAAGAGGCAGGAGACCCUGUACCCUACGAGAUCAUCAACAACUACUUCUCUAUUGGAGUGGAUGCCUCUAUUGCUCAUCGUUUUCACUCCAUGAGAGAGAAACACCCCCAGAGGUUUAAUAGCAGAACGAAGAACAAACUGUGGUAUUUUGAGUUUGCCACUUCUGAGACCAUCUCAGCAUCUUGCAAGAGGCUGAAGGAGUGUCUCAUUAUUGAGUGUUGCGGGAGACAUCUGGACCUGAGCAACAUGUCUCUGGAGGGCAUAGCUGUCCUCAACAUACCCAGCAUGCACGGAGGCUCCAACCUCUGGGGCGAGUCCAAGAAGGCGGAUGGCGUGCCAGAGGUGGAGCACAGUGAGGUUAUCACUGACCCUGAACUUCUUAAAACAAUCACACAGGACAUGAGUGAUAAGCGUUUGGAGGUGGUGGGGCUGGAAGGAGCUAUGGAAAUGGGACAAAUCUACACUGGACUGAAGAGCGCCGGGCACAGACUGGCACAGACCUCUCAAAUUACCAUCAGGACGAUUAAAGCCCUGCCCAUGCAGAUUGACGGGGAGCCUUGGAUGCAACCUCCUUGUACUAUCCACAUAACUCACAAGAACCAAGCUAACAUGCUCAUGGCUGCACCAACCAAACCAUCCAGCUUCUUUCACCUCAAGUAGAGUAACGGCUCCACUGCAUCCUCCUGUCAGCAGAGGGUCACAGCGGAAAAUGAUGCAGGAUGAGUAUAUUUCAAAGAGAAUGUCCAUUGCUGAGUGUGUUACUCAUGUGUUUUGAUUAUUAAGUAUUAAUGUGUGUGUCUUUUGCACUUAAUCCCUGGUGUAAUUCUGAACUAUUUCAUAAGUACAGACAGCUUGCACUUACACAGCGACCACACUGACAGACCAACUCAAAAGUGGAAAUUUCACUACUCAGUCUGAUCCCUGCUAUUGUGUGCCAACGUAAAUGUAAUGCAUCAAUUUUUUGUGUGUUUGUAAAUAAAAUAGCAGAGCAUAUAUCUACGGUAUAUGGAUAAGGAAUAUAUAUUAACUUAUUUGAUGUCGCUAUAGCUUUUUCUUCUGUGGUUAAUCAAAUUUACAGCAGCGUGUCGUCGAGUUUCACCUGUACUGUACCUAAUGCAGCUGGUGAUGAACCGGCUUUUUUCAGGCCUUUGCAUGCUCACAGCAGCUCACCUUGUUCAACAACAACACUAUCCUACCUGUCUGUUCAGAUAUCUUUUACUGUAGGCGUUCAUCCCACUGAAUGAAAAGUAUGUAAUUCAUUUACUUCUGUGUGUGCUUUUUUUUUUUUAAGGUGCAGAUGAAACAAUGUGAGAAACACUAGAUUGAAUGUGACUGAAUGUGGUUUUAUAAAGAUUUUCUCUAUAGUCAUAACUGAAUCCUGAAAGUGCUGAGGAGAGGGUGUUUGGUGUACCUCUCUCAGAUUUACCAAGUUGUGUUUUAAAAAAACAGUAUUCUGUUGUAUUUAGCAGACUAAGGUUCACUGAACUCAAGUAAUAACUCAGUGUUGUUUCUUGUAACUUUGCUUAUACCUUUGCAUAAUCUUUGUAGCAAGAUUCUCCUGGUGAUUAAGCUUCUUAAAAACAGUCACAUAAUACACAGAAACCUUGGGAAAUAAAAAAAAAAAGUUACUGAUUAAAUGUAAUGAAAUCAAAUGUGUUGGAAGUUGCCCAAAAUCAUCUAUUCUGUGAGUCAGUCUUGUGUUGGAAUUACAGUGUACUUCUAUACGUGUAAAAUGCUUGUAUGUUCAUUUAUUGUCUUAAUGUUAAAAAGUGUGUAGCUGUCAUUUGCAUGUGUGUCUUGACAAUAUUGUAUUCUCAUUUUCAGUGAACACUCAUACAGCAUCACAUUGACAACAUACACUGAAAUGUCCUCAGACCGAUCACCUGGUGAAUGGGCAGAUAACGGAAGCAGUUACAAACUGUUGCCCCACCACAACUUUUUGUUUACAGAUAGAUUCACAUCUCAGCCCACUCUGAAAUAGAUUAAGUGGAGAUUUAUUUAAUUUAUUUUUUAUAUAUAAAUAAUUUAAGGUUAAAUGGCAGCAUACUCAAAAGUUUACUCAAUUACAGAUGUAAUUUUGCAGCAAGCUACUCAUGCUGCUCUCAGCAAAAAAGAAAAAGAGGCCAUUUGCAUGUAAAAACAUGUACAACACAAUAUGUACUGCAUUUCCAUGCUUAUCUGUCAUAAAGCUAUUUGUCAGCUCUCAACCAUA